CAUGUAGUAAGAAAGCGCAUGGGGAAAUACUUAAUAAUACGAUAUUUAUAUAGUGAUACAAGUUCAAAAUGUAAACAGAUCUAUGACUUGAAAUUGUUAAAAGUAUUAUUACGUUAGAAAGUCAUAAAUAUAACUCUAAAAAUGUCAGUUAUAUCCUCAAGAGUUAGUAGUGUUUCAUCAAUUUUAAAGACUCCUGGAAUUAGAUCACAACUUAUUAGACAAUCUAAUAGAGUAUACUUCAAACUUCCAAAAGAUCUUAAAGGUAUUAUCUAUAAUUUUGAAGCGGGCAAUGGAACAAAAGAUUAUGAAGAUUUAAUAUGUCUUUUGCGAGAUUCAAAUAUAAAGGAUGCAGAUUUAGUAGAAUUUUUAUCAAACGUAAGGCAGUGUAUAUCAUUACUUGGUCCUGUCCAUAAAGUAUUUAUAGAAACACUUUUACAAAUAAAGUGGACAAAUCGUUCAUUAGAUGUAAUAUCUGCUUACAAAGCAUUUAUUGAAGAUUUAAUUUGUAUGCAAAUUCAUUAUGCUAAAAAUGUAAUAGACAGUUUAAUUGAACAAUUUAAACCAGAUGAAAGUGAUGAUCCUGAAUGGAAAAAUGAUGGAUGCAAAGAAGAAGAUGUUCAAAGGUUAAACCAUAUACAUAAUACUCUUCAAAAGAUUUUAAAAGUUGUACCAAUGUCCAGCAAACUUUUAUUACAAUCCCUUAGAGCAAGGUUUCCAUAUAUUAUUCAUGGAACUCGUACACAUGAAAUAUAUGUUUAUGCAUUAAUUCAAAUAUUUGAAUAUGCACCACAGUUGCGAUCCGAUGUUCUAUCUCUAAUUAUUAAUAGGUUAAUGGUAUUAGAUGUAAAUAUACCACGUUUAGAGAUAGAUAAUGAAGAAGACCUAAUGGAUGAUAGUAGUGAAUGUGACAGUACACUUGGUAAUGAGAAUAAUGUUGUUGAAGAAAAUAAUAUAACAGAAACAGAUAAAAUACAUCCAAUAGCUCAUAAAUUGGAUGUGUGUAUGGAACUGAUUCUGAAAUACAUGCAUAACUCCUGUUUUAUUAAUGGAGUUUUGCAAGUAGAAUGUUUGAAAAGUCUCUAUUUUGAUGUAUUGCAAAUAUUUGAAACAGUAAUAUUACCUACUCAUGCAAGUCAAUAUGUGCAGUAUAUUAUGUUCUAUAUUUGUAGUUUUAAAACAGCUGUUGUGGAGGCUUUUGUAGAUUGGUUAUGGCGUAAGGCAUCCGAUCCUAACGUACCUUCUAUUAUACGACAGUCAUCUGUGGCAUACAUUGCUAGUUUGCUGGUUACAGCAACAUUUGUUACAGCUGGGUUGGUUAAAACAGUACAGUUUAGAAUAUCUAAAUGGAUACAUGACUACAUCAAUAUGCAAGAUCAUUCAAAUUACAUAGAAGACGAAAAUAAAGAACAUACUGUAUUUUAUUCUAUUUGUCAAGCAUUAUUCCUUAUAAUUACUAAAAGACAUAAUGAUUAUCCUGAUUCGAAGAAGUAUAUGUUAUAUUUACAAGAGUUGGAUUUGGCAAAGAUUAUAACGUGUAAAUUAAAUCCAUUGAAAGCUUGUCAUCCUGAAAUUGCGCAUAAUUUUGCAGAAAUUACACGAAUGUAUCAAUUAGCAUAUUGUUACACUAUUAUCGAAAAUAAUACACGAAAUCAACUUCCUCUUUUUGAUAGUAAAAGAGGAACAACAUCUAUAGUUGAAAAUUUUUUCCCAUUUAGUUCUUAUAUGUUACAACGAAGUGAACACAGAAUAAAUCCUUUAUUGCGUGACAACGUUAAUACUAGCAAACAUAGAACAACUAUUAAAUAUAAAGAAGAUAUUGAAUAUAUGACUGAAUAUUAG